CCGUCUCCCACAACACAAGACAGUCGACGAGCAAACUAGCAUUAGAUGCCCAACACGGUGGUCGUGCCAUUGUCUGUUGAACUAUUUGUACCGUAAUUGGGGCCAGCAGUGGGUGAGACAGGCAAGGGAUGUCAGAGACACACACAAUGUAGGUGCGGUUAUUGUGUCUUUUGAUAGACAACUGCCAACUAGCUUUAGCUAGCAAGCUAGCUACCCAGAACAGGCCGCCGUGCAAGAGAACGGUCUCAGUGGGCGCCGGGCAUCAGUGCUACCUCUUAAUUCUUACACCGCUGUUACCGUGUGUCCUGCUGUCUAGUCAAUUAGUUCACUGAGACAACAUGACUGGCAGAAUAAUGCUGGAAACAACGGCGUUUACCUGGGUUUAUCAGGUUGUCAGGGCGCGCGGGAUCUUUCUCUCCGAGGAUCCUGAACACCUCUCGUUGUGGAUGACGUCACGCGUAGGUCUUCGGACGGGGACGUAAAGACGCGUCACGGACUGCAACUUCAGCGGCAACUGAGGAGGAAAUUCUGCACAGUGCACCAGUAUGAAGACAGGAGAGGUACUGAUAAAGAUGCAAUUUAGUGUAAUUUAAACAUUGUGAAAAAUACAGUAUAUGGAGGUCCAUAGAACUACCACUGAAUAUUAAUUAAGGCCUAAACUUCUGCACUGGACUGUGCAAAAGUCGCAGGACAGAUUCAGUUACAGAUACUGGUACCAUUGUAACCGAUGGUAUCAGUAUAUGUUGCUAGACCCAUUUGCCUUUUAAAUAUAAAAUAUGACAGUGAGUGAAGUUACUUGUCACAAACAACUGCCCAAAGACGUGGUACUUGCUUGUAAUUAUAUCAGCAAAAAUGCACAGAGAGAAUCCUGUGGACAAAAUCAAUGGUUUGGAGCCCCUCUGUGGACAGCCGUGGUUCGACAUGCCUUCAUUAAAACACAAUGCAAUUCAAACGUAAGAUUAAGAUUUUUAAAUAAAAAUGUAUUUUAUCGCGAGGCGAAAAUGUAUAUGAAAAUCUGGAAUUUCGUGUCCCUCUUUUUGUUAAAAAUAUGCAUUUCUUACAAUACUGACACAUGCGUCCUGACUUUCACGUGACUGGACCUCAUCGAAACCCGGAAGUACUCUGAAGGUCUUUGGGUAAUGGCUGGAGUUUGGUAACAUUUCACCGUUCGAGAUCCGAAAUCAACGUGAAAAUGGGUGUUAAAAUAGAGGUGUUCAGAAUGAUGCUAUAUCUGUCCUUUCCUGUGACCAUGUUUUGGAUCUCAAACCAAGCAGAGUACUUUGAAGAGUAUAUAGUAAAAAGGAAGAGGGAAAUCUUCCCCCCUGAUGAGGAAGCACAGAGGAAAGAGUUGGAAAACUUUAAGGAGCGAAUGCGAGUUCGUAAGGAGCAGCGGAUAUUAAGAAGUUUUUCCAAGGAAUCUGAGAACUGAACAUAAUGCCAAACAAGGCAAUACUGAUGCAGGAUUAUCUGAAAGUGAUUUUUGGCCAUAAGAAAAAAUGGUUGGACUGGAGUGAGACCAUGUCACUUUGGAAGUCUCUACAAAGCUUCAAUAUCCUCGGGUGUGCUGGACAUUUUCCAAGAAUGACUUAUAUGCCUCCUGUUGUUUCAUUUUGAUGCAUCUGUUUCACACAAGACUGAUCAAAUCCUAGAGGGGUUUUAUUCAUUAAGUUUCUAUCAUUACACUGUCAUUAAAUAAUUAUUGGAUUUGUACAGCUUUACAUCUUAUGUAAUUAUUAUUUAUUUUGUAAGGUGCAGUGCCUAUAAGUCUGUUCUGCUUGUUAGAUUUUGUUUUCAUGUUUCAAAUUUUGCAACACUGAAUCACAGAUGAUGUAAUUUGGCAUUUUGACACAGAUCAACAGAAAGAUAUUCAGGUGUAAAACAAAUCUUUAUAAGCUCAAAUAAAAUUAAGCAAACACGUAAAACACAAAGUAA